GCGAGUAGGAGGAUCCUGGGCGACGUGUGCCUGAAGCAGCUGGACCAACUCACGGCACGCUCGGAGCAGGCCCCGAGCGCCGCUCAACUGCGGCAAGUUAGAGCGCUCGUGGAGGCACCGUGGCUGGAGCUUCCCAAGAAAGUGGCCGUGCCCCAACUGCCCGCACCGCGAAGGUGCAGGAGAACCUGCGAAAGACCUUGCAGGACACGGAGUCCCGUCUGCGGGACGGAGCUUCCUUGCAAACCUGCUGGUUCUGCCAGGUCCUAG